UGGCGGUGUAGCAACAGGACGCUACAAAACCCAAUUUAACAGCUGAUUUUUAAGUACAUUUAGUCUGUUAUCAUAUGUAAGAUAUAUAACUAUAAGAAAAGUUAUAGCUAGGCAAUUUAUGUUCGUCUUCAAAACAAAAUCAGAGUUCUUUUUAUUUUGGUAAAUAAAAACAGCAGUGUCAUAUCCUCAUAGACGACAGAGUGCAGGUGCUCUUUACAUAGUCCAAAGUGAGGGACUGGUAUUUUUUAAUUUAAUAAAAAAUAAAUAGUGUCAACUGAGUAAAUAUGUCAGCUAAACAACAAACAGCUAUUUCGAAGGUAAUGGUUGUGUUACAAGAAUGGGACAAAGGAAGUAAAAGUACUCGCAAGAAGAUAUUGGAAGAUUUUAUCAUCCAGAAUCAAAAUAAAACAGGACCAGAGUUAGAGCAAGAAUUUGCACAAGCAGCAAGUUUGUUUCUUACAAGACUUACAGCUUGAUUACGACUUACGUACAUGAUAGGAACCUGCCUGAAUGAACAGUUGCAAGCAAUAUCAAUAUUUCUUUCUGCUUCAAGUGGACACAAAUUUAUGGCAGAAUUCUUGGAGGUUGGUGGUGUCCUUACGUUACUCGAGGUCAUAGGACUGAAGCAGGCAAAAGAAUUGGAUAAGAGUGAGGCAUUGAAAAAUCUACAUUUCAUAGCAAAUGCUGGCAGAAAAUACAAGGAACUUAUCUGUGAAAGCUAUGGUAUCAGAGCCAUAGCAGAAUGCCUGGCCAAGUCAAAAUCAGAGGAGACUCAGGAUGCGUGUCGGAACCUGCUCCUAAUGUUGGCACAGGGCAACCCCAAGUUUGAGGUACAGGUCUACAAGGGUCUGAUUGCCCUCCUGCCCUGUAGCUCACCAAAGGCUCAGCAGAUGGCUGCCCAGUCACUCAGGGUAGUGCAGCCAAUAGUGAAGAAUGCCAACCCAUCCAUUGUUGAGCCACUGCUGAAUUUGUUGAAAACACUCCAUCUAGAGGUUCAGUUUGAAGCCAUUGAGCUAAUCAAGGAGCUGAUGGAUUAUGAGGUCUCGGGAACAUUGCUCAGCGGCCUGGUUGGACUGUUGCGGCCUGCCAAGGAGGAUAUCAUUCAGAAACCAGAUCUUCUUGAUGAUGCUGAUGUGCCUAAGAUGAACGCCCCUCUACCGGUGUUUGUACAACAGGCAGCCGCUGCCAAGACCAUCGGGAUUUUGGCAAGGGACUCCAAUGAGCUUGCAGAAAAACUAAUCCAACUACGAGUCGUGCACAACCUUACGUAUGCGAUGGGAAACAUGGACUACGCCGACAGUCAGCGACAGGCCAGCAUAUCGCUAGAGUACCUGUGUCGAACAUUCCCGAUUGUUGAUGAUCAUGUCCGAGAUGCCAUGGGUGAUAACCUGUAUGACCUUUUCAUGUCCAAUCCGGAGACAUUAUAUCUGAACAUGAAUCAUGUGCAAGCUGAUGUGUUAGUCUCCAACAAACUCAAUAUUCCUAAAUUGGUGGACAGAGUGGAUUGAGGUGGUCUGGCAAAGCCUUCCAUUCCCAGCAGAUGUGAUUGUGAACAGCAUACAUGUAGCUUUCAUCAUUAUGAAUAUUAAAGAAUUUUCUGCUGACAUUAUUGAAAGAUGAACUACUCUGUUUGUCUCUGCUUUUGUUUCCGAUUUGAAGUAAAAUCUGAGAUGUUUCUACAUUGUUUCAUGGCCAUGUUGGUUGGACAGCAAAUGAUGACUUCUCUUUGUGAAGAACACUUCAUAGACUUACAAAAAAUUUGCGCUUAUUGCUGAUUUUUAUUUAUUAUUGUCAACAUCUACAUGUAUUUUCAUUUUGCAUUUGAAUAAAAGCUGAACAUUUGAAUAA